AUGUACGCUAAAGGAAGAAACUGUGCCCUGAAAGGACCGUGGCACAAGCAAAUGGACGAUGCUGACUUGCAGCAAAUGGAUGACGGGGGUGAUCGUGGACCAGCUGGCACACCAGGAGUAGCAGGGACACCGGGCAAGCCGGGAUCUCCUGGGUCCCCAGGGAUGCCAGGGGAACCCGGUGAAAGAGGACCUAUAGGAGAUAUAGGCUUCCCUGGGCCGGAAGGGCCACAAGGAAAACCAGGAAUCAAUGGAAAAGAUGGAUUGCCUGGCCCUCCGGGUGCUGUGGGGAGACCAGGAGACAGAGGACCCAAAGGAGAACGUGGAGAUCAGGGUAUUCCAGGGGACAAAGGUCCACAAGGCGAACGAGGGAAACCUGGCCCGUCUGGAGAAAAGGGGGAUGUGGGUCCUAUUGGGCCACCAGGAGACAGAGGCUAUCCAGGAUCACCAGGUCAUCAGGGUCCCCCAGGUUCACCAGGACCCCCAGGGUUUCCAGCUGAUACACUUGCACUUGAAGAAAUAAAAAAAUACAUCAAACAAGAGGUUUUUAAGGUUUUUGAAGAAAGGAUGGCUCAGUUUGUAUCCCAGCUCAAGCUGCCUGCUGCAAUGCUUGCCUCCCAGGCUCAUGGAAAACCUGGGCCCCCAGGAAAAGAUGGGUUACCAGGGCCACCAGGAAAGGAUGGUUUGCCAGGGCCACCAGGAGAACGUGGAAUUCAAGGUUAUAGAGGACAGAAAGGGGAAAGAGGUGAGCCUGGAAUUGGACUGCCCGGUAAUCCUGGACCACCUGGCCCUGCAGCUACUGGCCUGCCGGGCCCAGUGGGAACACCGGGCUCACCUGGACCACCGGGGCCACCUGGACCCAACGGAAGAUGCAACCCGGCAGAUUGCUAUUACCACGUAUCACAGACUCGGUCACACACCAGCGGGAAAUAAAAACCCUCUCCCUCAGACACCUGGGUUCACAGUCACUUUUAGCUCCUCUAUAAGUUAAUUUAAUCUUUUAAAUACUUGGUGCAUUUUUUUUCCCCUCGACACUGCAUGUUAAAUAGAUAAUUUAUAAGGCACAGAAUUGAGCCUUUUUCUAUGUUAUUUGCAGUGUCAGUUAUGAAAUGAUGUCAUAUGUUUUCCAGAGUGCAUUCCAUGUGUUACAUUUCUCUUAUUUAUUUUGCUUAGAGGAGAAGAUAGGCCCAAAUAAUUUUCAUAAGCUUCUUUCUUCAAACAAAAAAUAUUUUAUUGUAACUUGAGACAGUACGUAUGCCUCAGGAUGUAAGCUGGCUUUAUUUGUCUUGGUGGUGGUGAAGUUUAAGUGGAGAAAAUGCAGUUCUG